AUGAGGACUGAUGAGCCUGCUGAGAUGCUUGUGCUGCCAAUUGGCUACAGCACCCCAACUAAGAAGAAUGCUCUUCAGGAUGGCCAAAGCCCUGCUUCCACUCUUGCUCGCUCAGACACUGCAAACUCCCUGGACACCACACCAGCUGUGAAGAGGAAGCUCAGCUUUGACACACCACUGCAGCACUCAGAAAGCAGAGGCUCCUUAGAAGAAUGCUUGGAGCAGCAGCUACUUGAGGAGCCCAGCCCAGCAGAGAAGAUGCCUGAGAAGCUUGAGCCAAAGCCCAGCCCAGAGCAGAAGAGUCCUGAGGAGCUUGAGCCAAAGCCCAGCCCAGAGCAGAAGAGUCCUGAGCCAAAGUGUGAGGCAAAGCCUUUGCCUAAGGCUGGAAGCCUCAGCAUCCAAGGCAACUCAGCAGAUGACAGGUUCAGGAUCACCUAUGAGGCCAGGCAGCUGAUCUAUGGUUUGUGCAACCCUGAUGAGCCACCAAGUGGUGAUGUGGGCAAAGGCCUCUUGGUUGUGCCAGGCCAAUGGGCAAGGCUGCAACAGGGUGCUCGGGCAAUCCUGCGGGAGCAGGGGGAGUUGGUGAGACAGGUCAGGUCCAAGCUUGUGAGCCUCAGGCAAGAGCAUCAAGCCCUGAAAACUGCUCAGAAAGAGGCUUGGAAGGUUGGCCCUCUUGAGAUAGUCAGGUCUGUGGUGCAUGCUCAGUGGCAGAUGUCUGAGAAGAACUGCGAAGACCAGUGGGUGCUUGCAGCAGCAGUAAGGAAUGGCAUCUUAGCAUACACACCCAACACUCAGACUGGCAAGCUUGCCAUUGUCACUGAGCAGCACUGGGCUAAGAAGGCUGGCUUUCAGAUGGGCAGCAAGAGGUUCCCACCUGAGUGGCUCAGAGACAGGCUGAAGUGGCUUGAAGCUGAUGGCAAGCCCAAGAAGGCAGACUGGAGCCUGAGCAGGUCAGCAUCAGCCAUCUCAGACCUCGUGCGGUGGGACUACUACAACCCUGAGGAAGACAAGGAGGCUGAGGUGGAUGCUGAGCCAGACAUCCAAGAUGAGCUUGCACCAGAGCUU